AUGCUGGUUUGUUUCUCGGCUCUUCUAGUCACUCCGUAUCUUUUAUCUAAUAUGUUAUGUGCUGGUGCGGAGACUAUUGCUAUAAGAGUACAACUGAUUGCUGCCACUUUUGUAACGACUGGAAUUGCAACGAUUCUACAAACUACAUUUGGCUUGAGAUUAGCAAUACUUCACGGUCCAUCUUUUGCAUUUCUACCUGCUCUACACACAUUCGAAGAAAUGUAUCCAUGUACUCAAGAUACAGAUACAAGCUUGUGGAAAGAGAAAAUGCAGUUGAUCUCCGGGUCCCUAUUCCUCGCUGUCCUCAUCAUGCCUAUAAUGGGAAUUACUGGACUCGUUGGGAAGAUAUCCAAGCACAUUGGACCUAUCACAAUCGUCCCGAUGUUGGUUCUUUUAUGCAUCGGAACUGUUCCAGAUAUUGAAGAAAAAAUUUCCCUUCACUGGAUCUCUAUUAUUGAAAUUUUGCUACUCAUAAUUUUUGUGGUGUUGCUAGAAGACGUCGAAGUUCCAAUCCCAGGCUAUUCCUUCUCCAAAAAGCAAUUUUUCACUACAAAAAUGAGGAUUUUCAGUCAGUUUCCGUACCUCCUUGGUAUCUGCUUGGCCUGGUUCUUGUGCUGGUUGCUGACUGUAACAAACAUCGAGCCUGCCAGCGGUCCAGCUAGAACUGAUCGAAACGAGAGCACAUUUGUGUUCCAUAGCACUCCUUGGAUCCAAGUACAGUACCCAAUGCAAUUCGGAUUUCCCCAGUUUAGUUUCCCAUUGGUUAUUGCUUUUACAGCAUCUACAGUGGCAGUUAUGAUCGAAAGAAUCUGCGCUCAGAUCUCACAACAAGGGAGUCCACCAUCUUCAAGUAUCAACAGAGCAUUUGUGGUGGAAGGUGUCGGAAGUAUGUUGGCUGCUUAA